AUGGCUACUGAGGCACGUGUAGUUUGCUGGCAAAACCGUGAAGAAUGGCUAUAUGUGUACAGAGCCUUGUACAACUUUGACGACCCAGAAAUUCAGAGAAAAGGAGUAGAUCGUGUAGCUGCAUGGAAAAGCCGCAGCGCAGGUAAACUCCCACUUGCUAUCGAAUGCACAGCAAAUCUUGUUUCAUCUCGGCUAGCUUUAAACAACGUUGUAGACGAAAUUCAAGGCAGAUUGACUCUUGCAAUGGCUAUUGUAAGAUUCGUAAAUGGAAUGGUUGAUCAAGUUCAAAAAGGAAAGUUUGCGCGUUCAGUGCAAUCAAUUGCAGGUGAAAUUGGCUUACCUGACUGGCUUGUUGAUUUAAGACACGAGGCAACUCACGCGAGUUUGCCAUCCAUGGAAACACUGCAAAAUGGAUUACACGUGAGUUUAUGCUGGCUGCAAGAGGAGUACUGGGAGGCACAGAUAAAGACGCAUGAAGAAAAUGAACAAAAACUCUCCAGGCUUCUGAAUGAAUACAGAGAUGUUGCUCUUAUUUGUGCUUCUAAGAAGCAAAUGAAAGGGAAAAACAGCAGUAAAAUGAAGGAACUCUCAGAUGAGAUAGCCAGUAUAGUGUCAACGAGUAAUCUAUGGUAAGCAUCUGUUUUGCUGGCUUGAAAAUAAGAUUCAGUCACCCAACCACAAAUUCUGAAGAGCAUGGCAAUUACUCACAAAAGUCUUCUUUUUACAUGCUAUUCCACAUAUAUACACCAAAAUCUUAGUUUUGUAUGUGGCUGCGUGCCUAUUAAAGAUAACAUUGAAGCUGCUAACCUAUUACCAUAUUUGCAGUUCAGCAGAUUACAGUUGCAUGUACACAGCUAAAAAUAGCUUUGCACAUACUUAAACUUCAGCUGGGUCAGCACCUCUUUAUAUACCUCUACACUCAUAACAAUGAGCUUCUGAUUAAAUGCUGUUAUCUGGACAUAGGCUACUAUAUAAGCCAGAUGAAAUGGUUACUGGUUGAAAUUUUACGGGGCUGAAAAAAAAAAACAAUAAAAUUGUUUUUAGUGGGCAGCUUUUGAUAAAAAGUUUUUGUACUUAUUACUAAACAUGGCAAAAUGUUUAUUCAAGAGAUGUUGGGAGUACUGCAGGUUGCUUCGUGACUGGUAAAAUACAAUAAUGUCAUGCAGAUUCAAAGGAAACGUUAGUGCUUCUUUCAUAAACAUCUAUUUAGCACAAAUUUUGGGAAAACAUAUGCCAUUAAUUACAUUAAUUUUCUCUUUGUUUUAUUUAGGUUAUGCUUAAGGUUGUCUUUUCAUUCUCAGGUCUCUUCUACUGAGCAUUUUGUCCUCCAAAGAAAUGAUGGUUCCAUCCAUUGAACAACUGAACACACUGGGAAUAAAAUGGCCAUAUUUAGAAGACAGCUCUGCAGAUUUUUUUAUAUCUGAUGUCCCAAAGGAGAUUCUUAAAAUCUGGAAGACUUUACUGAAGUCUGUUGACAAAUCAUCUACAGAAUUUAUCUUUCUUCUCAUAAUUCACUUUCUGGAAGAACUGUCAGAUGUUCAGAAUAAUCCAAAUCAAGUGAGCUUCUGCCAUUUUUUAGCUGCAUGGGUAAAACACUUGCUUCAAGAACAAUCAGACAUAAACCCAUCUUUGAUAACAAAAAGUGAUUUUUCUUGGGUCAGCAUAUUGCAGGUCACACUAGAUAACCCAACAGUGUACUCUACUGAAAUUAUUUCACUGAUUUUGAAAAACUUGCCUAUGGUUUCUACGAGAGUGAAAGAGAAAAUUAAACAUCUGGUUGCAGUGUUUGCAAAUUUGGAAUACAGCCAGUCAGACACAAUAGUUGAUGAAUCUCUGUCCUUUGACCUUGAACAGUGGAUAAAAGACAGAAGAAAUACAUCAGCAACACUUAAUCCUAAUGAACCUCAAGAGGAUGACACCCCUGUUGGUGUUGAGUGGCAAAUCAGUAAGGCACUGACACAAUGGCACUUCAUUCCACUUGGAGAAGUUGUAGGAACAAGUGACAUGUCUCCUUGUAAUCUAUUACUUUCACAACCUUCAGGAGAUGUACCUAUUGCAGUAAAUGGCUUGGAGUGUCAAAGCACAUUAGAGAACACUGAUCCUGUGGCUGGUUGUAGCGACGAUGCAAUUUUUAUUGACAAUAGUAGUGGUGCUAAUGAUGAGACGAGUAGUGUUCGCAAUAGUGAGCUGCAUCCAAGUGAUGCUGUACAAGAGAGAGGAGCUUUUGAAUUAGUUUAUGUGGACAAUGAUCAAGAACUCUCUGAGACAUCAUUUUCUGGUGCCUUUGAAAGAGAAGAAGACACAACUUCCAUUUCAGAGCAAAUUUAUUUGUUCUAA